UGCAUUUUGUGCUGUGAAAACUCAUACAAGAUAAGCGGAAAAAGUUGCCAACCCAAGCAAAAAAAUCCGACAAAAAUAAUAAAAUUCCAAGUCGACAAAACCCCACAAUCGCACGUAUCUGUCAGAUACAAAACACAAUCGUAUCGCAGUGGGUAGCUCCGGGAAAACUCAGCAGUUGAGCGAAUCACGUAGGCCAGUGAAGCCAUGGAGGAGAACCACAACAACUGGAGCAGCAAGAAAAUUCUGGUGAAGUGCGGCGGAUUCUCGUCGCAAUUGGCCAGGAAUGUCACCGAAAAAGUGGACGGAGAUCCAUUGUGGGGUUCCCGAUUCGAUGCCACAAAUCCGGAGGCUGUUAUUCAAACCCAUCUCGACUUUCUGCGCAACGGAGCGGAUAUCAUUCUAAGCAACACGUAUCAGUCGAGUGUGGAGGGAUUCGUUAAGUAUCUGGGUGUCAGUGAGGCUCGUGGAGUGGAACUGAUCCAAAAGAGCGUCCAUUUGGCCAAGGAGGCCAAGAAACAGUACCUUAUAGAAACCGGUUCGCAAACGAAAUCGGUUCUUCCCCUGAUUUUGGGUUCAAUUGGUCCCUAUGGCGCUUGUCUUCACGACGGCUCUGAAUAUUCCGGCAGUUAUGCGGAUAAAAUAACCAAGAAGCAGCUGAAGGAUUGGCACAGAACCAGAAUCGAGAUUUGCUUGGCAGCUGGUGUCGAUGGAUUGGCCGUGGAAACAUUGCCCUGCCAACUGGAAGCAGAAGCAGUCACUGAAUUCGUACUGGACAACUGCCCGCAGGCCAAGUUCUGGGUCUCCUUUCAGUGCAAGGAUGAAAGUCACCUGGCAAGUGGAGAAUCCUUUGCAACGGCGGCUCUUUCCGUGUGGCGAUUAGUCCAGAACCGAAAGGCUGAGGACAGGCUCCUCGGAAUCGGGCUCAACUGCGUGAACCCGAACUUCGUGACACCUCUGCUGAGAUCCCUCACCAAAGCAGCAGGAUCUGAUCGAAUUCCCCUGGUGGUUUACAGCAAUCGGGGCGAGAUCUACGAUGCCGAUCAGGGCGAGUGGACUGGUACCGGCGAGGAAGUGGUCAAGUUUGUGCCCGAGUGGAUCGAACUGGGUGUGCGCAUUGUAGGCGGCUGUUGCCGGGUCUAUCCGACGGAUGUUUUGGCGAUCCGCAAGUACAUCGACAGUCUCAACAUAACGCCGUAAUCGGCCGGCUAAUCCGAGCACUGAUAGCUGGCUUGUCGUUAAUGCGAAAGCCGUUUCGUGUGACUAGACCUAGACCUAUUUAGUUUGCUGAAUACAUAUGUAUAUAGUAUUUGUGUACUAAAUGUACUCGGAUCAGAUGGGCUGCCUAAUCAGCGGAGAGUGAAAAGAAGCGUGGACGACUGGGAGACAAAAACAGAUAAAGCGGGCGGACCAAAGGUAAACAAGUGGGCGGGGAAAAGGGGGUGGCGGUCACCCAGAGACCGUUUUUGCAAACAUAGCUCAAUUUAAGUCCGAAUCCAAAUCAAUACAAUCUCUGGUUUUAACUUUUCAUAUUUGCUUCAGCGAAGUGCAUUUUUCUCUCAAGUUCAAAAAUAUUUUGUACUUUAUCACAGUCUCUGAUUCAAUAUUACCUAAAUAAUCUUUAAGCAAGCAAAGAAUUUAUAACCCCACAUAUAUUUUUAUAUUUUAAGUAAGUAAUAAAAUCGUUAAACUCUUAAA